AUGCUUGCCACCCUCCUGGCCAGCGUCCUCUUCCUGGGGCGUGCUACGUCGGCGCGACAGCCGCCGUCGCUGGCACGCUCGUUUGGAGCCAGCGUACUCGCUGAGGAUGCUCCCUCGCGCAAUGUUUCAUCUUGCCCAGGAUACACCCUUUCGGCUCUGCAUCAGACAAAAACGGGAUUGACGGCGAAGCUCAACCUCGCCGGCCCUGCCUGCAACGCGUUCGGCCACGACGUUGCCAAUCUCACGUUGGAAGUGACCUACGAUACCGAGACACGCCUUCACGUCAACAUCUACGACACUGAAAAGUCCCAAUUCACGAUCCCAACAUCCGUCAUCGCACUUGCGAACGGGACCGGCGACGCCUCUCUCAAACAGAACUCCGACCUCGUCUUCAACUACGAGUCCUCGCCCUUCGCGUUCUGGAUCUCGCGCCGCUCCGAGCCCCACGCGCAGCCGCUCUUCGACACCCGCGCGUCUUCUCUGCCGCCCACGCCCAUUGCGCCCGUCAUCGCGGACGACAACAGCACCGCGCUCGAUGGCUUCCCGCUCGUGUUCGAGGACCAGUAUCUGCAGCUCACCUCCGCUCUCCCGCUCGGAGCGAACGUCUAUGGCUUGGGCGAGGUUGUUGCGAGCAGCGGCUUCCGGCGCGAUGUCGGCACCAACGGUCCUGGCACCAUCCAGACGAUGUGGGCGCGCGACAUCGCGGAUCCCUUAGACGAGAAUGUCUAUGGGUCGCACUCGAUUUACCUCGAGCAUCGCUUUAACGAGACCACGAAGCGUUCUCAGUCGCACGGCGUCUUCCACUUUAGCGCCGCCGGCUCCGACACGCUCCUGCUCACGCCGCCCGGUUCGCCCGUCUCGCUCGUGCAAUACCGCGCGAUCGGCGGCACGCUCGACUUCUACUUCUUCUCCGGCCCGAGCCCGCAGAAGGUCGUCGAGCAGUACGGCGCGCUCGUCGGGCUCCCGACGUGGCAGCCGUACUGGGGCUUCGGCUUCCACCUGUGCCGCUGGGGGUACACGAACCUGACGGAGACGCGCGCGCAGGUCUCGGCGAUGCGCGCCGCGGGCAUCCCGCUCGAGACGAUGUGGAACGACAUUGACUUGUACCAUGCGUUCCGCGACUUCACGACGGACCCGGUCAGCUUCCCGAGCAACGAAGUUCGCGACUUCAUCCAGGAACUGGCUGCAAACAACCAACACUACAUCCCGAUCGUCGACGCUGCUGUCGCUGUUCUGGUCAACGAUACCGACGUUUAUGACCCCUACACCAAGGGCGCUGAGCUCGGUGCGUGGAUCAAAAAUCCGGACGGCUCAGAAUACAUUGGCCAAGUCUGGCCCGGAUUCACUGUCUUCCCCGACUGGUUCUCCGAGCACAGCACCGCGGUCUGGACGGAGGCGCUGAAGAACUGGACCGAGCUCGGUGUCGAGUUUUCGGGCAUCUGGCUCGACAUGAACGAGCCGUCCUCGUUCUGCCUCGGGUCGUGCGGCACGGGCAUCGAUCACACCAACACGUCUACGCCGUUCCUCCUGCCCGGGAAGCCCGGUAACCUUGUCACAGAGUUCCCUGAAGGGUACGAUGCGACCGUGUGGGGGCCGAGUGGAAACAUGACCAUCAAUGGGACGCUCACUUUCAGCAACACGACCAACGAUCUUGCCAGGCGCGGUCUAGGCGGCCUAGGCGCCGGCGACCAGCAGGACGUUGAUCUCAACGACCCGCCCUACGCCAUCCACAAUGGCGACGGCCCGCUCUCCACGAAGACGGUCGCAACAAACGCUACGAACGCGGGCGGUUUCGUCGAGCUCGACGUGCACAACAUGUGGGGCCUCAUGGAAGAAAAAGCGACGCACCUCGCGCUGCUCUCCAUCGCGCCGACGAAGCGGCCCUUCCUCAUCUCGCGCUCGACGUUCCCCUCCUCGGGCAAGUGGACGGGCCACUGGCUGGGCGACAACUUCAGCAAGUGGGCGUACAUGCACUACAACAUCCAGGGCGCGCUCCAGUUCCAGCUCUUCCAGGUGCCGAUGGUCGGCGCGGACACGUGCGGGUUCAACGACAACACGGACGAGGAGCUGUGCAAUCGUUGGAUGCAGCUCAGCGCGUUCAUGCCGUUCUACCGCAACCACAACGUCAUGGGCGCGAUCUCGCAGGAGCCGUACCGGUGGGACAGCGUCGCGGCCGCGAGCCGCACCGCGAUUGCGGUCCGCUAUGGCCUGCUCCCGUACUGGUACACGCUGUUCGCGAACUCGUCCUUGCACGGGACGCCGACCGUUCGCGCGCUGUUCUUCGAGUUCCCCGACGAGCCUGAGCUGUUCGGCGUCGACCAGCAGUUCCUCGUCGGCAGGGACAUCCUCGUCACGCCCGUGCUCACCCCGAACGUGAGCUCCGUCGACGGGUUCUUCCCGGGCCACGGCCGCGUCAUCUGGCGCGACUGGUACACGCACGAGGUCGUGAAUGCGACAUCGGGCGUGCAGACGACGCUCGACGCGCCGCUAGGGCACAUCAAUGUGCACGUCCGUGACGGGUCUGCAAUCCUCCUGCACGCGCAGCCUGGGUACACCACGACCGAGACGCGCGCGUACCCAUACUCGCUGCUUGUGUCGCAGGCCGCAGAUGGGUACGCGUUCGGGACUGCGUACGUCGACGAUGGCGAGAGCGUGCCGCCCAUCCCCAGCUCGACGCUCACGUUCACCGCGCGCACCGGGUCUCUGCAUCUCGCGGCGCACGGGAACUUUGCGGUCGCGCAGAAGCUGGACACGGUGACGGUGCUGGGCGUGGGGAGCAAGAAGCCGAGCGCGGUGAAGUUGAACGGGAAGACGCUGUCGAACUGGGAGUUCGAUGAGGGACUGCAGCGGCUUGUCGUGAAGCAGCUCGGGCUUGACUUGAACAAGGCUGCGUCGCUGACUUGGGCGUAG